AUGGGAGCGGUCGAAUCCAUUUUAGUCGUCUCGGAUUCCGACGAGGAGGGCGAAGAGGGACAACAGGGUAACCAGCAACGGCGACGAGAGCGACAGCGUCACAGGGCGCAGGGGGGAGAUACAGACUUUGCGGAAACAACGAGUCCGGAACGUCAGGCGGAGCUGCAUGGGCGGAAGAACCGCGCGGAAGGAGCGGAUGGCGGCCAGCGGCGCGGUACAUUAGAUGCUGCGCGAGACGGGGACGAGCUUGCGAGAAGUUAUAGCGUCGACUCCAUUGACUCCGUUGACUCGCUUGACCGCGACGAAUUCAUCUGCUCGCCCCGCUCCGUUGACUCGCUUGACCUUGCCUCCCCUCGUUCCGUUGACUCUGCUGAACCGUACGAUUCUGCCCCCGUCUCCGCGCGUCCACCUGCGCGCAAGCCCAAGGCGCACCACAGGCGGAAGGGUUCGCGCGGAUCGUCGCGCCUCAGCAGGUCUGCUUGCGCCACUUCCGCCGACGGGCGCGUCGCUCCCGCCGACGCUGACGUGGUCGUCGCGACGAGCGGGAAUGGACACGUCACCGCUGCAGCGCUAGCAGCCGCGCACGCCAAGUCAGCUGCAGAAUUAUCACUGGGAGAAGACGGAGCGUUGCGGGAAAGAAGGAGAAUGGGGGGGGGAGUGGGCAUGGGGGGACUUGGGGAACCAGGCGGAGGGAUGGGGAGGGGAAGGGGGGUGGUAUCAAGUGCGGGAGCAGCAGUAACUCCUGUGAAACUGCCUGGGCCGGGUGGGGGACGCAUGGGCAUAGGGGGGAUGAUUGGGGGCCCCAGGGGGAAUGAGAUCGGGGUAGGCAUUGGCGGAAGCAUGGGGGCGCCUUGGGUCGUCUUGGGCAGCAGAGAAAUUUCCGAAGCUGCUACCAUGGCUCCAUUCCAAACCUCCGGCGCUGCUAUGGUGGCUGCCGAGGCUACUUCCGAGGCUGCUGCCGAAGCUGCAGCCUCGUUGCAGCCAGGGUCCCCUGUAAGACUACAGAGAGUGUUGGCUGCUGUGUCACGCGCAUUAGAUAGAGCCAGUGAAGAGGCAGCAGCAGAAAGGGAGGGUGGCGUAGGGGGAGAGGUGAGUGUUGAGUCGACUCAAAAGUCACCUCGGGUGCUGGCCGCUGAAUCACGCACGCUAGACAGGGCCAGUGAGGAGACAGCAGCUGAGAGGGAGGGUGGUGCAAAGGUAGAGGUGAGUGUUGAGGUGACUCAAAAGUCACCCCGAGUGCUGGUUCCCGCGUCAGAUGCGCUGGAAAGGGACAGUGAGGCAGCAGCAGAGAAGGUGGGCUUUCCGGAGGGAGAAGCGGCAACGGGGAAGGAGGUCUCUGAGGCGGUAGAAGCAGCGGCGGGGAUUGAGGGCCUUGCAGAGAAAGAAGCCGUUGCGGGGAUAGGCGUCCCAGCAGAAGGUGAAGCGGCAGCAGGAGAAGCAGCGGUGGCAGCAGGGAUAAUCGCAGGGGGGGGAGCAGGCACGGUGAGUGGGGGCGAAGGAGGUGAGGAGAGUGAGGGUGACGGUGCUGCGGGUGGGAGGGAAGCACCUGCAGGGACGACUUUUGAAACGUCUCAAACUGAUGGCGGUGGUACUGCUGUGGGCAGGCGAGAAGCGCACGGAGAGACACUUGAGAGGGAGGAGGUGGCACCAGCCGCGCAGGGUAGUGGGCUGGCAGGGAACGCGGGUGAGAUGGGAGAGGGGGGUGAGGGAGGUGCGGAUGAGGUGCGUGGUGCUGCCGUUGGUGUGGACGAGGGCGGGUGGGAGUCGGACAGUGAGUUUGGCACUCCUGAGCUGCUCUCCCCUGCUGGCAGCGUGAGUAGGGCCAGCGCGGUCAGGGACAACGUGGGCAGUGGCAGCAUGGGUAGUGACAGCAUGGGUAGUGGCAGCAUGGCCUCUCUGCUUCCCAUCUCCCCGCCAACGUGCACCUGGUUCUUGCCCAUGAUGGCUGCCAGCAGCAGUGGCAUCAGCGUCGAGUUCCACAUCAUCAGGCACGGGGAGUCAACUCAAUCGCCUGCCCUCAUAGCCGGUCGCUCCCCAGCAGCCCGUCUCACCCCCAUGGGGUGCCAGCAAGCCAUGGCUCUGGGCACCUUCCUGCGCCGCUACCUGAGACUGCAGUGGGACGAGGUGCACUGCUCACCCAUCCCCCGCGCCACACACACUGCUCGGCUAGUCUGCCAGGAGCUAGGCUUUCCAACCAGCCGCAUACAGGAAGCAACUGAGCUUCAGGAGAUGAGCGCGGGCGACUGGGAGGGAAAGCCCCGGGCAGAAUUCUUUUCUUCCGACGCUGCCCGGGCAUGGAUGACAGCCUCUCAGCCCGACUUUUGCUACCCUGGCGGCGAAUCCCAGCGCCAGGUGGAGUGUCGCAUGGUGAGCUUCUUGAACCGUCUCGCCACCAACCACGCCGCCCAACUCAUGACAGCCAAAGCCAGCGAUUCCGCACAAGAGGAGAGCAGCAAGGGUACUCUCAAGUACCGCAUUGGCAUUUUUUCGCACUGCACUGCGAUUAAAUGCCUGUUACGGGGUUUGCUGGGUUCGUCUUUCACAGACGUCACAAUGGGCACGAGUACCGUGCUCGCAAGAUUCAGCAUCAAGUGGCUCACAAUCGCGGUAGCCGUGGCUCUCGCGUCCGUUGCCGCGCUCCACGCCAUCGACAACUUCUACGUUGUCCGUCACCCGCCCGUCUGCGCCGCGUCCGCGGAGCGGGAACUCUGCGUCUCGGAGUACCGCAUCGCGCGCCGCUCCCUCGGCGCGGCUCCAGCUUCGACGCAGCAGGUGACGGCGGCGAUGAUCGAGUCGGCGCGCGUGAAGGUGGCGGCGGGACUGGAGCUGGUUAAGGAGAUUCAGACGGCCAACGCGGGCCGGAGUGCUGAGGUCGAGGCCGUUAGCGACGACUGUGUGACCCAGGUGAGUGCGGCGCUGGCGCAGCUCGAGAAGUCUUCCUCCGCGAUCAGCGCUGGCAGCAACGUCCUCGACCUGCCCUACUGGCUGCAGACGGCGCAGACGCAACUCUCCAACUGCCUCUCGACAUACCGCGAAUUGGCGCCCUCCGCGCUCUCCACGCCCACGGGCGUUUACCUCGCGUCUGAGAGCGCGUUGACCAAGUCAACGCUCGUCGCCGCCAUCGACCUCACGUCGCAAGCCGCCGCUGCGGCGCGCUCGUCGCGCGGCCGCCAGGCGCUGGAGAAUGGUGGCGAGAGCAACGGGCACCCGGAGUGGCUGGAGGCGGGGCUGUACGAACAGCUGAAGGAGCUCCAGGCGCACAUGCAGGGGGACCACGACAGCGCGCAGGAGUGGGCGGAGAAGCGCCGCGGACUGCUCGGGCUCCCCGCACCAGCGGAGAUCCCCCGGCGGGAGCUGAAGGGCGGACACCCCCCGGGCGUCGGGCACCACGCGGAUCUCUGGGAUAACGGGCGGAGAAAGGGCGGACACCCCCCCGGCGUGGGCGGGCACGCGCACCUGUGGAAGAACGGGAAGAAGCGCGGGGGGAACCAUCCCCCGGGGAUCGGUGGACACGAGCAUCUGUGGAAAAACGGGAAGAAGGUCGGCGGAAACCACCCCAAGGGGCCCGACGCGGUGGUGGGCAGAGGGGAGCAGUACUCGAGCGUGAAAUCCGCCGUGGACGCCGCUCCCGCUAAGGGCCGCUUCGUUAUCUACAUAAAAGCAGGAACAUACGACGAAGUGGUGCAAUUCGAUAACGAGGGGAUAAUCUUCGUGGGAGACGGGCCGGAUCGCACGAUCAUCACGGGCAGCAAGAGCAUGGGCGGCGGGUCGGGGACGACCUUCAAGUCGGCGACCGUGGGGGCGAAUCGCGACAACUUCGUGGCGCUGGGCGUGAAGUUUGUGAACACGGCGGGGCGCGAGAACGAACAGGCGGUGGCGAUGCGCGCGAGCGGGGACGCUUCCGCCUUCUUUGAAUGCGCGUUCGAAGCCUUCCAGGAUACACUGUACGUGGACGCGGGGCGGCAGUACUACAAGAACUGCUACGUGGGCGGCACCAUCGACUUCAUAUUCGGCGACGCGGCCGUGGUUCUCGACAGCAUGGACAUCCGGCUCCACACCAGCCACUCGUUCGUCACCAUCACCGCGUCUGGCCGCGACACCAACGGCCCCACGGGGAUCGUCAUUCGCAACUCGAAGAUCUCUACGGAUCCGGGAGUUACUGAUGUGUAUCUGGGGCGGCCGUGGAAGGACUGUGCGCGCGUGGUUUACGUCGACACGUACUUGCCUGCUGAGCUUAACUCAGACGGGUGGAGCACAUGGGGAGGGGACACGCGCGGCAGCUGUGUGUAUUAUGCAGAGAAGGGCAGCACGGGGCCGGGCGCACGCACCUCGCGAGCAUCGUGGGUGCACCCUGGGAUCAUCUCAGACGCCUCCCAGUUUGACCCUGAGCCGUUUGUUGAUCUGAGCUCCUGGCUCGAUGUUGCGGGGAAGAACCCCAAGUGGUGA